AUGGCCAGCAGAAAGGAGGCGAGAGAGAUGGUUGAGAGAAAUACUAGCCGAUACGGCUAUCUCUCGGACGAUAUUCUCAGCCAACUUGAUACCGAAAGUCGUCGCAAGCUUGAGCGGAACUGGGCGAUUUUAGAGUCAGUAGCAGGGCAUUCCGUCCAGACUCUUGCCAAGCACAUAUAUGGAAGUGGUGCUCGCUUUGUAUUUGAGCUGCUCCAGAACGCCGAUGACAACUCUUUCGAAAGGGCUACGAGGAAUGGGGAUACCCCGUACAUAUCCUUCCAGGUCCACCCAGAUCGCAUCAUUGUUGAAUGCAACGAGGAUGGGUUCAAUGAAAAAGAUCUGGGCGCAAUUUGCUCUGUUGGUCAAAGCAGCAAAGCAGGAUCUCAUGGCUAUAUCGGCGCUAAAGGCAUCGGUUUCAAGUCGGUCUUUAUUGCCGCCUGGAAGGUUUACAUACAAUCCCGACACUUCUCUUUUUAUUUUCGUCAUGAGAAAGGAGAUUCAGGUCUGGGAAUGAUAAGGCCUAUUUGGAAAGAGCCAGAGGAGGAUGGCCCUCUUCCAUUUACCCGCAUGACUCUCCACAUCCACGAGAAAUGGGAGCCUGGGGAGCUUCAGCAUUUGAAGUCAAUCAUCUUCAAGCAAUUCGAGGAAUUGCAAAAGACUUGUCUACUUUUUUUGAAGAAGAUCAAGAAUAUCAGCGUGUCAUUUUAUAACGAUGAUGGUAGUCUCAAAGACUCGAAGAGCUUCAAGGCCGCGGACGCUGGUGAAAACAGAGUUUCUCUGGAGACUGUGUCCGAAACCAAGGGACAGCACAUCAGAGAGCUGCGAUACUAUCACAUCACGAAGCAUACAGCAACAAACAUUGCCAGAAGCGACAACCGAGAUCCUCCCACAACGGACGAGGCCCGACGAUUAUCAGCCACUGCUGAGAUAGUCUUAGCAUUCCCGCUCACCGAAAAGUCUGAACCGUUACUAGAGAAGCAAGAUUUGUUUGCCUUUCUUCCUGUUAGGGAGUUGGAAUACAAGUUCAUCAUCCAAUCCGAUUUCGAUACCAGCGCCAAUCGACAGGACAUUGUCACCUCAUCAAGGAGGAACAUGAGCCUCCAAGAUGGAAUUGCUUCUGCGUUUGUGAAAGCAGUGCUACAAUUCUUGCACGAUCCUACUUUAUGCUAUCAAUGGCCGCGAUUUCUACCGGCAACAGGAGACAGCAGCAAUAGCUUUUGGUCAAGUCUCAACGAGAAGAUCGAAUUUCGGAUCUUAAAUACCCCUAUAAUGCGGUCACGACAUCGAAUGCAGCCUCGUUUUAUAACUGAGGUUUACCAACAAAGUAGUGAUUCCAGCGAUGAAAAUGGUAACUGUUUGUACGACGAUACCAGCACUGAUCCUUAUAUAUCUAAAAUGUACGAACGAAACGAUAUAUCGAUACUACACAACUAUGGACUGAGAUUGGAGACCAUGGCUAUGAUUCUCAACUUAGUGAAGUAUGAUCUCGACUCAUCAAACUCCAGAAUGAAGGAUUUCUCUAGGAGCCAGUCGUGGCAUUCACGUGCUGCCAUUCCACUGGCAAAAUGGGCCAUUCACCCUGACUUCAAGACAGGUGCUGCAUCUAUAAGAACAUUACCUCUUAUCCCAUUGAAGAAUGGCAACUGGACUUCUCUUAGUAGCGGCCAGGUGUAUCUCCCUAUAACUCAUUCCAUUCCCAUACCGUUGGAUUUGGGGUACAGGCUAGUUGAUCCGAGAGCCCUUGUUAACCCGGACCGUGAGAAGUUAUUCAAGCACAUUGGCGUUGUUGAGGCAGAGGUUUCGCAGAUUCAAAACUCGAUUGAAGUGCGCUACAACACAAGUGGACAGACCAUCACCCUGGAGCAGUCUAUCUCCCACCUUCACUACUUGUACCUCACUCAUCAUGAUGGCAACAAGCGCUCAAAAGUCGACAACCUCCUCAUUUAUACAGAAGACAGACGGCUAAUAGACCCAAGGAGAUUCUAUGUCUAUAUUGCAAAUGACCAUCCUUACGGGCCGAAGCGGUUAUUGGAACCGACAAAAACUGCGCCAGGCCACCCCGUGACUUACCUACAUUCUUCUUAUUUUGAAAAUCCGCCAGCGAAUGGGUCAAGUCUGCUUUCGUGGGAAGAUUGGCUAUAUACCUUCGUGGGUAUACAGAGGCGUCUACCAGUUACAAAUGGAGUAGACAAGCUCUCAGAUCCUUUCGAGUAUAUUGCUAAGCAUCGCCCAGACAGGUUCAUCGAUACCCUAGAGUUUCUUUGGAAGAAUCAGAGUACUGCAGUGAGGGAAAACAAAAAUAUUAAAGAACUAAUCCAGGGACUGUGGAACGGCGACCAUUGCGAGGCAGGGGCACCGUCACACCGGACCCUAAUCCCUGAUCAGCCCUGGCUUCCAGACCCGCAUCUAAAGAACAUUGUCGCCAAAUAUACUCAUGGCAGUAGUGUAUCCUUUCCGUUUCUUCGGAUUGAUGGCUUUGAAACCAAGGAUGUCGAAGGAAAGUGGGCGUUUCUCCACAGAGAUUUCAACGUUGUGAAAGACGACAAUAUCGGGUUCUACCUUGAGAUUUUAUUUCUGUUGUCACGGUCAGAGAAAGGGACAGAGAUGGUGUGCGGUAUUUUCGAAAUUUAUCAGACACUUGAAGCAAAAAUCACCAUCGCGGACAACCGAGCAACGGCAUUGGCAGAAGUUAGGAGCUGCAUGUUCGAAGAUUGUCUGAUACUAUCACCAAAGUAUCAGACUGCAUCCGGAAAAUUUGUCGAUGAGGAGUUUGUGGGUGAUGGCGACGAUAUCCGAUGGGAAGGCCCCCCAGACCUGGAAUCCGUAUCCUGUGUCGCCCAGCGAUAUAGGCAAUUCCUAGAUGCUGGUCAAAUGCAAAAACUGACCAUGUUUUUCCGCGAUACUUUGGGUAUUCAAGACGUCUCAUGGAAGGACAUUGUUGAGGAACUUGGAUGGGAAAGAAAGAAACUUGAGAAUCUUGGGGAGCAGGUCGAUUUUGAUCGGGUCAAAGGGCUCUAUCAAUUCAUGGCCCGUUCCAAUGCGCCAAAGGCCGAAAUGAAGAGGACUUUCAUAGGGAGUCGACUUAUUUAUGUCGCCAGACACGGAGUUGCUGGUUGGUACAGUUCGUCCGAUUGUUUGUGGUCAAGCACAUCGGAGAUACGUGGAAAGGUCACACUAAAUGACGACUACGACAGCCUAGAGACGUUUUUCACGGGCACUUUGGGUGUUCAGUCCCUCACACUUCAGAUGAUGUACGAUGAGCUUCGGCAUGCCGGAGGACAGAAAUCCAUCGAUGACAUCAAAAACGACAUUUGGUCACUCAAUGCGCUCCUACAGACCGACCGAACGCACAUUGACCCAGUUCCGUUGCUAAGAGAAGCUAUUUUCCCUGUCAAAUAUCCUGAAGGAGGCUUAGCUCUAAGAAACAUCGACGCAGUAUUUGCUGUUGGUGAUGAUCGACAGCUCUGUGGUCGCUUACAAUCCCAUAUUAACCUGCUCGACUACGAUUUUGAAGACAUUCGACGACUCAAGCCUUUUAUUUGCUGGGUGAAAUUAGACGAAAGGUAUCUUUCUCAAUCUGUCAGAGAGUUUACGAGGGUUUCUUCCUCAGCAACGAGGCGACCUAUCACAGAAGACAAGUAUGACAUUAGUCGCAAAGCGUACGCGAUUUUACGUCUUGCCAAAACUUUUCAGAGCCCCAAGUAUGAUAAAGAUGACCCUGAGUCUCUCUAUAAAGUCCUCCGCGACGCCGAGGUCAUUGAAUCUGAUGGUAUCUCUUCUGUUAUCUCAAUAUCUCAAGAUGGAAAGUCGAUUGAACUUGAGGAGACUGCAGGAUUGUGCCAUAUUGAUGAUUCACAGAAGAAACUCAAAAUUGCUGUGCCGCUAAACAAGAAGCAGCGGAACCUCUCCUUCAGUUCUGUCCUUCCGAACAAGUUGGCCGACUGGCUCAUGAGGGAGUGGGAUUCAAACAUAUCUGACAAAGAAGACAAAGAUGGGAUCCACAUUCUCAGAACGAUCUUGUCCUGCGAUCUGGCUAUUGUUGACGACAUCCUGAAUCACAAUAGCGUCUUUGAGGUGGGGAUAGAGAAUCGAGACCCUCAAUAUGACGAAGAAAGCGACGGUGACGACAGCGCUCUCGAUGAAGAGUAUUCUGACGCAUCUUCAAUUCAAUUUACACCGUCGAGAUCCUUUAGGACAGACACGACUGACUUAUAUGGCGCUACUCCUAUCAGAGAGGGUGCUCUCUCUCCAAGGGCCAACCUCCGUGGCUCUUCCGAGCCUAGAACAACAAGUGAUGGUGAUAAUCACCUUAUUGUCGAGAGAAUUCAGGCAGUUUCCCGUGAAGAAAGCCGCAAUGCACGUGCGUCAGUUUGGAACCAAGAUCAACCAACUCCACAAGGGACGUCACAGGCCCAAGACGCUGGAUACUUGAGGCUUCUGCAUCGUGUCAUAGCAGCGUCUCGAAAUGCCGUCUUUCCCUCCCUGGGAGCCUUUGACAUGACUGGGCUGAUUAAUGAGCUGCCCAAUGUUGGGAGCUUGUACGAAUCAUUUGAUGGCUUGGACGUGGCUACAAGGUUCCGGUCCACUAGCCAACUUGAGAGAGAUAAGAUGGUCGGAGCCGCCGGGGAACUUUAUGUUUUUGAGCUUCUCUCCGCUCUUCAGCUCCCAGGGUGGAGCCGUGGCAACUGGCAGAGUACCAUCAGGAAAUAUGUCACUGGACAUCCAGACUACCAUGAUAUGAGACCGUGGUAUCAGCGAGAAACGGCCGAUAUCGUAUACCCAGACGUACAAGGAGAGUUCACUACCCUACUGAUUGACAACGGUUAUCUCGGUGAGGAGUGGCGAGCCGCUCGUCCUAAGUACCUCCUUGAGGUCAAGACUAGCACCGGACCGCUUGCCACUCCCUUUUACAUGAGCAAGAACCAAUACCAACUUAUGAAAAAUAUUCACAACAUCGAGGAUCGUUCUGAAGUUUACAUGAUACUCCGUGUCUUCUGGCUUGAUAGUAACAACAUUGGGAUGAGAGUGUAUCUGGACCCUGAACAGAUGAGACAAGAAGGGGGGUUGAUUUUCACUGGGGAAACUUGGUCAAUUACUCCAGGCAUUCGUGAGGGGAAUUGA